AUGAGUGUAUUUUCAAUUACUUAAGCAACUUAAGAGCUUUAUGAUUAUCCGAUUAUUGGAAUUGAUUUAGGAACAACUUACUCAAGUGUUUGCAUUUAAAGUAAUGAUAAAGUUGUUAUAAUUCCAAAUGAGUAUGGAUUUAAAUCAACACCUACGGUUGUUGCUUACAAUACUACGUUCUUAGUCGGAGAAGAAGCUAAAGAAUAGGCUCUUAUUAAUCCAAUGAAUACAUUUUAUGAUCUCAAAAGAUUAAUUGGAAAAGAGUAACUAUAUGAAUUAAUUAUAGUUAUUUUGAUCCAAAUGUGUAGAAGCUUAAGAAAAAUUUACCCUUUACUUUAAUUAACGAAAACAAUACAAUUUGUAUUAAAGUAUUGUAAUAUAAAAAUGAAGGUGAAAAGAUAUUUAACAUUGAUUAUAUUCAAGCAAAGGUUUUAACAAAAUUGAAAAAUAUGGCUAGUGAUUAUUUAGGAUUUCCAAUACAACAUGCAGUCAUAACAGUUCCUAUUGGUUUUAAUGAUAUUUAAAAAUAAGCCACAAUAGAUAUUGCAGAAAUUGCAGGCUUAAAAGCUGUUAGAAUUAUUAGUGAGCCAAAUGCUGCUGCAAUUGCUUAUGGUAGGGACUAUGUAACAAGAGAAACAAACAUUUUUGUUUUUGAUUUUGGAGGUGGCACUUUAGAUAUUACAGCAAUGAAAGCAACAAAAUACAAGUUUGAAGACUUACAACAUUCAUCAGAAGUGAAUUUAGGAGGAGAAGAUUUUGAUUUCAAUGUAGUCGAAUACUUAAUCAAAUACAUAAAAGAUACUGCUAAAAUAGACCUAUAACAUAAUAAAAAAGCAAUUUAAAUAUUAAAAAUAGAGGCUUAAAAAGCUAAAGAAGUACUUUCUAUGUAGAAUAUUGCACAUAUAAAAAUACCUAAUUUGAUUGAAGGAUAUGAUUUUUAUUAUAGUCUUACAAAGGAAUAAUUUGAAGAGGUGAAUCAAGUACUUUUUGANAAGAAUUCUAUAGAACCAAAUUAUCAGAUUACAAGAUUUAUAAAAGAAUUAUGCAUUAUAAAUAUUUGUAUCAUAUUUACAAGAUCUAAAUGGGCAUCAGUUUUAAGAAAAGUGCCAAUUGAAACUAAUUUCUUUGAUUUUAAUUUUCUAACAGAAAAUGAAAAAUUUCAAAUAGAAUCUAUGAAAAAAGCUGCAUUUUAUAAUUAAUUUUACAUAUUUAAGUUGAUCGCAAAAGUGUGCUUUUUGAUUAUUAUUUUUUAAUAUCAAAAUAAAUGA